UCGUCAGUGAUUUAAGAAUCGGUGCAUGGGUGAUAUUUCCGAUGCUCCAGCUUCGUGAAAUUCCUCGCAGUUAAAAUUUUCAGUAUAUUUGUUUUACUUUUUAAAUUUAGGUCAAAGUUGCGGAACUCAAGUUUUGAAGUGCGUGUAUUUUGCCUGUCGCACACAACCACCUGGUAAUAGCUAUCCUCUGGCGGCAUCAUUUACCCAACAGUGUGCGAUCCGAGAUAGUACAAAUAUAUUAAAUUGCGAUUUUUUGAGAUAUGUAACGGUGCCAAGUUUUGUGAAACAGAGGGGCGAACAGAAUUUUCAGAGUGGUCAGCUUUGAAUUUCCUCCGAAAGUUGGAAGAAGCUAUUGAGUUAUUAGUCGGUGAUAGGCGAGAUGGGCAUUCUACAAAGGAAUUAUUUGGCUGUUUCCCAGGGCAAAGCAGGCAUCAAGUUGGAGGACGACCCGAUUGGACCGGAAUCCGCGCUGGUGGCCGAACGCGAGUUGAGGGAGACACCUGAAAGGAUACGCGAAUCGUGCGAGCAGCUCCGCGCUUUGAUGAAAGAGCAUCGACUUGUGUUUCGAGAGGAUGAUGAUUUCUUGCUGACUUUUUUGCGACCCACAAAAUAUUACUCCCACAGCGCUCUAGAUCUUAUGCGCCGAAUAGUUGAGUUUCGAAUAAAAAAUGCGAGUGUUUUGCACGGACUCAUACCAAAGGAUGAAGAAGACGGAUUUCUGAAUAACCGUGUUGUAAAUGUUCUCAGAGACAGAGACCAGCAUGGUCGGAGAAUCAUGGUCAUUCAAUGUGGAGCUGACUGGAACCCGCGGACGGUGAAAACGGACCAACUCUUCAGGAUGUUGUACUUGAUCCACUUGGCAGCCAUCCAGGAGCCAGAGACACAGGUCAAGGGAGCUAUUAUCAUCAUGGAUUUCCACGGGAUGAGCAUGACUCAGGCCACGCACUGCAUGAACCUCACGUUUGUAGCACGGCUCCUUACUUUCAUUCAGGAUGCUAUGCCUCUGAGGCUAAAGCAAGUUCACAUAGUUAAGCAACCGUUCAUAUUUCAAAUUGUGUGGAAUGUUUUUAAACCAUUCAUCAGAGAGAAAUUAAGGAACAGGCUUUUCUUCCAUGGUUCAAAAAUGAGUAGUCUUCACAAAUUUAUAGAGCCUAACUAUUUGCCCGAGGACUAUGGUGGCUCAAGGCCAAAAAUAGACUACUCUAGCGCCGAUUGGUUCCCGGUUCUGAAUGAAAUUGAAGAGGACAUAAAAGAAUGGAGCUCAUUCGGCUAUUUACCGGAAGGACAGCCCGGGAAUGCAGAAACUGCCCAAGAUUCCUCGUCAUGAGAUAUUUCAAAAAAUAACGGAAGAUGCAUAGAUCGAUCACCCCAGGAGAAUGUGUUUCUUUCUUUGUCAUCUUGUCAUCAUCUCUUCGUUUGAUUAUUUGUCAGGAAGCAUUCUCUUCCGGAUCUUCGUUACUUCAGGAAGUAACGAAUUUUUUAGGAAGAUUCAGGAAUCUAUGUAUUUUUUUUUUACACUUUUUGUAAUUAUGCGCUCCGUUUGAUUGCGAUAUGAUAUCGUUAUAAAAAUAUGUUGAUUCAAAAUUUUAGAUGUGAUAAAUUUCUAUCAAGCGGCCAAAUCUACUCGUCAUGAUGGCACCGCCCUUGAAUUUUGUGAGGAAAAUUGUUCACGCCGGUGUUAAGCCGAGAAGCCACUUCAGCCUCGCCGUUUAUCGACAACGCCUAGCAUGGAUACGAUUACUUCUGUUUAACGGUUGUUAUUGUUGCAUAUUCAAAGAAUUGAAGGCACCCCGGUGUCCUGCCGUGCUGACAUGGAAGGCAAUAUGAGCGUUCAAACUUGAUCAAAUUCCGUUUAAUAAAGUACGAUUUUUCUGGGGAGCUUGUUUGUAUUUUCCAAUGAUACUCACAAGUUUUCUGCAAAAUUCUUGUUUUAUCAAACGAAAUUUGGAAAAUUUUGAAUCCUCGCGCGGCGUUUUUCAAUAGGACGGCAGUAUUAGUAUAAGGUGCUUUUCCUCGUAAUAGGCUCUCAAUAUUUUACUUUAAAUCGUGUCAACCAAUUAUAUUAUGUAAUUUUCUUGUUCCAGUUGUUGAGAAUGUGUACAUUUUUAUACGUUUGUACUUUUUAUACAUUUGUAAUACAUGAUUUUAUACCAUCGCUUA